UUCAGCGGUUUACUAGAUUCAGUUCUCAGUCUACACAGAAGAAUAAGAUCCACAUGAGAUGUCUGAUAAGACGCGUUUGAAGUGAUUGAAAAGCUUGAGGUGUAUUUGAAAUGUAAAUGACUCCACAUCUGUGAGCUCUUUGGAGAGAGGCAAUAGAUCAGCGCUGUAUAGUCAGGAACUUUACGGCUGACAAAUGAAUUUGGGCCUUGGUGGAGGGAGAAAGCAGCAGUGGGGGUCUUCCAUUUGUUCUCCGUGGCUUCUGAGUUUGCACAACUUCUUUUUGGGCUAACUUCUUGCCGCACUGUGAUUUGCCACUUGUGUCCCUGCGGCAGAUUCAUGUGGCGUUGGUGCCGUUGAAUAAGAAGCCUGUAGAGAAAAUAAAUUGUAGGGGAUUUUUUUUUAAUGACGGUGAAAGAGAAUGGAUCGCGCUACCAUAUUAAAUCCAGGUGUUUGCUUGCAAAGAACAUAUUGUAACUAGUUGAUGACUUUAAAAUAUUGUAUUUUUUUACUUUUCUUGUUUGUUAGAAAAUCUACUCAGACCAGAUGAUUAUUUUUGUGUAUAUUUGUAUUCAUUUGUUGCUCAAAAGUAAAUACAAUCGAUGUUCAUGUUGCAAAGGACAUAGUACUUAAAUAUAAGUUUAAAAAUUAUUAAUUUUUGAUAGACUGAAUACGUUUUUUUAGGUCGUUGAAACUUCUUAAACUUCUCUAUCUCUUCUUUUUCUUUCUAAAAAAUUAUGUUUUACAUAACGGCAUAGUAUUUUUUCCACUCCCUAUACGAGCGACAGGCAAGUCUGCAAAGUACCAUCACUGCUUGUGUUUUGAAAUGACGCAUCAAUGACUUUAUAGAAAUUCCUUUUUGUUUUAUUUUUCGUGGUUAGAAAUCUCCAAACAUGGGAGACAGGAAAAUUGAGAAAUUUUUUUUUGUAUCCGCCUGAUGAAAUGCCAAGGUUUACACAGAGACAGCUCCUAAUAAUUGGUAGCCUUAAAAGCUUUUAUAACAUGUUUGAUUUAGCCUGCGUAUGAAUAGCUAGUCUUUUUUUCCUCCGGAUUUUCAAGAAUAAAAGAGCCGCAGUUCACAGAGGUCGUCCCUUGUCUCGUCAUAUGCUUUUCAUCCUGUUUUUAGCUGUGUUUUGAAGUCACUAAAUGGCUCUGGAUGUGUGCUAUAGACUUGUUAUGGUGAGUUAUAGCAGAUAUAUUAUAAAGACUUGCCAUCGUCAUGGAUUUUCUCACUAAACUUUCAUGCAAUAUGAAUGGAUUUGAAGAGAAAUAACUAGAAAUGUGCAUUUUGUGUGAGUGAAGUCACUUGGGGUGCUAUAUGAGUGUAACAUUGAGAAAGUUUUUGUCAUCCAGAUUAAGUGCUUUAAAUGUAAGUGUUUCUUUUGUUAGAAGAAAUCUCGUUCUCUUCCCCUUUUUUUCUCACACCCUGUGUGGGAAUGAAACACAAGGACCUUUGACCUGUGGUGUCAUAGCAACCUCAUUUAUCCUGUUAUGAAAGUAUAGUUUUAGCUUCUCCAUGUAUUUUUUUAAUAUUAUAUUUUGAUGGCAAAUUUUUACAUGUCACAAAUGCAGCUCAAGUGUGUUUAACAACUCCUCCAGAUAAGAGACGGUUUGGGUCUCUGACGCUGUCAGAGCUGUUUGACAUCACUUGUUAGGCUAAUUAUGUGGCGUGUAAUAUUUUAGUGGUUAGCGUACAUCUGGUAAAGUUUGCUGACUGAAAACUCUCGUAUUCCCAGUAGAGUGGUAGGUUGCACUGCAAACGAAGAAAUAGAAAUCGAAGUUCCCCUAAAUCUUCAAUCUUACUCAUUGACAAAAACUUACUUUUUUACUGAGAAUAUAAAAAUAACUGACAUUUGUAGUGAAUAUGCAAGUUAAAGUGAUGUGUGACGAUAAACCUUUUAUUGGUCGGAUGUGUUGACAUUUUGGCUACGUGUGGUUUUUCAAAGCUAGUGGUUCCCAUUGGGUUAGCUUUUCAUAUGAACUGACUUUCCUGAACUUUUGUACUAAAAUUAGAGUAUCAGUAAGUACUUGUUUGAUUAAAAACACUCGUCUUGUUAGCCUAGCUUUAUUCCGCCGCAAGCCUCCGUGCUCGGCUUCAUAUCAGAAACUUUCUGAAAGUUUUCAGUUUAGAUCUUUCAGCAAUGCCCACUUCCUCUCCUCCCCAUUCCGACGAGCUGAGUUUAGUGCGUCCGCCGAUCCUCCUGUCCGCCGGCCCCUCUGGAACGUUGAUGAGUCAGUUUAGCCUUCUUUUUCUUUCUCUCUUUUCCUUUCUAUCGCGGUGUGUGUUCUUUUACCUCGCAAACAGGUUUUCGCUUUGCUUUUUUCGUCUUUUUUUCCUCUCCAUCUCACGGUGGCUGCACGUUCUCCAUCUGUGUGGUCUGGAGGCUGGUGCGGUUGACUAUUGCUAACCUGACACAGGUUGGACAGAAUGAGUCGAAAGAAAAGUGAUCGAGAAGAACGGCAUGGUGUGGUCACCCCUUGCACCCAGGAUCAUCUGCACCUGUGAGGUCUUCUGAGAAAAGGAAGUACGGGACGGCGCAUUUCACAAGCAACGCACGUAGAGCGAGUAAACUUUUUGAACACUGUGGGGAAAAAAAUGGAAUGAUUCCCAGGCCAGAAUGGAUGUGGAAUAAAGGAUACCUCGGAGGGCUCCUCAGGGAAGGGUCUUUGGAUACUCUGCCAGCUUUGAUAUCUGCCUCCCUGUUGGAUUUGAGUGUGAUAAUGCUAUAACCCAAUGCUUAACAGAGAUAUGGUGCGGAAAAAGAAUCCCCCUUUGAGAAGCUUCGGUGGUGAAGAAGAGGAGGGCGAGGCGGUGGCGGCCGAGGCCACGGGCCCAGAGAGCGGGAACGCAGGGAGCCAGGCCUCAGAGCCCGACCAGGCUGUGGGCGAAGAACAGGAGGAACCGUCCUCCCCUGGCCCCAUCAAACCAGACAGGCCUGACUUGCAUUACUCCAGCCACAACCUGGCAGUAUCCUACUCCAGCCGCGAGGGCACCAAUACCGAACCGCUGGACUCUACCGCCUCCCCAACGAACUCUGAUCCAGGUGAGAGAGGAGACUGUGAGGACGACCGGAACGGUCUAAAACCCAGCACCCGGUCAGGCGGCGUCAUCGUACAGGGCUGCACCAGUAACGGAGAGGAGAGGGACGCCACACACAGUCCGCUAGCAUUGCUGGGCUCUGACAGCCCUCGUGGUGCGGCUGUCGAAGGCUCUAAAGUUCCUCCUGUUACACUUCAUCCACAGAGGCCCAUUGGGGGAGCGGAGGACGCUCCUAGCCCUCUGGGAGCUGAGACGGGAGCACCUCCACCCACCUCACCCAAACUACAAGACUUUAAGUGCAACAUUUGUGGGUACGGUUAUUACGGCAACGACCCCACGGACCUGAUCAAACACUUUCGUAAGUACCAUUUGGGCCUGCACAACCGGACGCGGCAAGACGCGGAGCUGGACAAUAAGAUUCUGGCACUACAUAACAUGGUGCAGUUCACAGCCCAAACACAGGCCAAAGACUCAGCACGCCUCCUCAGCCAAUCAGCUCAGAGCGGCUCUGCGGCAGAAGCAGGGUCACCCAGAUCCUCCGUUCUUAAUGGCACCUACGACGUACAGGUAACGUUAGCCGGCACCUUCAUCGGAAUCGGGAGGAAGACGCAGGACUGUCAGGGCAACACCAAGUACUUCCGCUGCAAGUUCUGCAACUUCACCUACAUGGGAAGCUCUUCUGUAGAUCUAGAACAGCAUUUCCUGGCCACCCACCCCAACAAGAUGAAGAGUCCACCUACAUCCAACACCAGCUUUGAGGAGAAGUCCUCAAUUGAACAGAAGGGCAACUGCGUAUCGCGCAUUGGGACAGAUGAGCAAGGGAAGUGGGCCGAUCGGGUGGCGGUGCGGGCCGAAGAUGACUCUGUGGCUGGGUACUCCGUACCAAUCAGGGCAUCAGACUCCCCAAGCCGCACUGGAGGUGACACCCCUGCCUCAUAUUACUGGUGCAAGUAUUGCAGUUUUAGUUGCGAAGCUGCCAGUGCUUCUAGGCUUCUGGAGCACUAUGAGAAGAGACACGGCCAGGCGGCCAUCAGGGAGGGAAGUCCAGUGGAAAGGGACAGAAAGGCCUGUGAUGGAGACUCCCACUUACAGAAAAAGGAGAAGACUGGAGCAGCGGGCGACCAAGAAACAGUGGUAACCAGUUACAAUUGCCAGUUCUGUGACUUCCGUUACUCCAUGACUCACGGGCCGGAAGUCAUCGUCGUGGCUCCGCUUUUGCAUCACUACCAACGGGCUCACAGCAUUCACAAGUGCACCAUCAAACAUUGCCCCUUCUGUCCCCGUGGGCUCUGCACUCCUGAGAAGCACCUGGGGGAGAUUUCCUAUCCCUUCGCUUGCCGUAAGAGCUCCUGCUCGCACUGUGCUCUACUUCUGCUUCAGCUAACAGCCGGAGGGACCACUACCCCAUCCCCGCCAGCUCCCCGAGCGUCCGUCACCCAUCAGUGUGACCAGUGCCCGUUCACCUCAACUGAUAUUGACUUGCUUCUCUUGCACUAUGACAGCACCCACACCUCGCACACCUUACUGGAAGUCAAACCAGAGGAGGAGGGAUCAGGUGAUGCAGGGCCAGGGCCAGGGCCAGGGCGAGACCAUCCUGGAGAGUAUGCCUGCACCAAGUGCCAUUUCUUCACUGAAGUGGAGGAGGAGAUCUUUCGUCACUACAGGAGAGUUCACGGCUGCUGUCGUUGUCGGCAUUGUAGUUUCACUGCUACGGACACCACGGCACUGCUGGACCACUUCAACUCCGCCCACUGCCAGGACUCUGCGGAUCCAGCCUCUGCUCCUGCCAACGGCUGCUCUGCCCCUUCAACCCUUCGCAUCAAAGAGGAGAGUAAAGGUGAUCUGAAACUCUAUAGCCUGGUGCCUCCAGAGGCCAGCAGAGCUGAGCCGCUUCCCGGCUCAGAGGGCGUCAAGAGUGAGGCCCAGGAUGACAAGGAAAAAGGCUGGGUUGAAGCGCUGGGCCCUGUGACUGGCGGUGGAGUCCGAGGUGGGGAGCAACACGUGCAGAGCCUGGUGUGGGUACCCAAAGAACGUGCAGGGGAGAUCCUUAGAGGAAGCCCAGCCCCUUUCCCCCAGGCCACACUGGGUCUGCUGAACGCUGUGGCAGCUGGGGUAAAAGACCAGCAGCAGCAGAAGGGGGCGACCAUGCUUAGAGACUCAUCGGGACUGAUCUUCAGCCUCAGUGCAGAUGCUAAAGGCUACCUGCCAGGGACGCCGACGAGCGGUGCGGAGAAAGCCGGGCAGCAGUACCCAACUUCUACCGAGGGCAAGAGUGCUAAGGAAGAGUCGCAGUCUCUCUUACGGAGACGGCGGGGCUCGGGGGUCUUCUGCGCCAACUGUCUGACCACCAAGACCUCGCUAUGGAGGAAGAAUGCCAACGGCGGCUACGUGUGCAACGCGUGUGGCCUCUAUCAGAAGCUGCACUCGACCCCCAGACCGUUGAACAUUAUCAAACAAAACAACGGUGAGCAGAUCAUCCGUCGACGGACACGCAAGCGCCUGAAUCCUGACCCGGUACCAUCUGAGCAGGUGGGGUCCAAGCAGCAGCGCGUCAACAGCGAGGAGCGUCUCAACGGCAGCCCCUUAGAGAGGAGGACUGAGGAAGCAGGAUCUGAUGGGUCUUUAUCACGUGCUGAGGCCCAAGCGCAGUUGGGUAAAUACGAGGCUUACGGUCCCUCAGGACCCAAAAGCCACCCUAGCCCCCGCUCCACCCACGCGUUCCUCGUCAACCAGACGUUGGAGAUCCAUAAGCGCAUGCCACCCCUGCAUAUGCACAAGAGCCCUGUGGACGGUGGGGCCGAGGGCAAUGGGCUCAGCGCAGGACCCCAGGGAGGGGACGGUAAGGGUGGUUCUGAACGGGGCAGCCCUAUCGAGAAGUACAUGCGUCCGUCGAAGCAGGCCAGCUACUCCCCUCCUGGAAGCCCUAUCGAGAAGUACCAGUACCCAUUCUUCAGCCUACCCUUCCUCCACAACGACCUGCAAAACGAAGCGGACUGGUUGCGCUUCUGGACUAAGUACAAGAUGUCUGUGCCGGGCAACCCGGGCCACUAUCUGAGCCCCGUGGCUGGCCUUCCCAGUCCGUGCCAAAGCUUUGUGCCUUACCCUACCUUCGGCUUACCGCCUCAUUUCCCCCCACCGACCCCAUCUGGACCCGAAAGUGACACGCCUCUCGACCUGGCCAUGAAACAUUCCAAACCCAGUCCUACACCCAACGGGACCCCCAAGGAGAAACGGGCGUCACCCACUUCUGAAAGGGAGCAGGAGACGGAACGCUCGGAAGAACCCGAAGAGGAGCGCUCUACUUCACCAGUGGCCCAACCGGAGAAGGUCGAUCAGGCCACACAAGAUGACAUCUCGAGCAAAUGCGCCCACUGUGGCAUUGUCUUCCUGGAUGAGGUCCUGUAUGCCCUGCACAUGAGUUGCCAUGGUGACGGCGGGCCCUUCCAGUGCAGUAUCUGCCUGCACGCUUGCGCCGAUAAGUACGAUUUCACAACACACAUCCAGCGAGGCCUCCACCGGGCUGCCCCCGAGGCGAACGCCAGCCCCUCUAACCAAUGAGCUUUACGAACCUGCAGUCCGAGCACAACUAGAGCAGCAGGGAAAGCGAGCGCUUGUACGAAUGAAUGCAUUGAACUUUUUUUGCUUGAAAUGUGCCAAGACGGAUCAUGGUGCCUAAGCAGCCAAUGCAAGAAACUUCAGUCAGCAUAGCAUUUCUGUGGGAGCUCACACACACAUACACUUUUAACGAACAAAGACUGCUUUUUGAAGACAUCGGUACAUGUAGCUACUCAAUCUAGAUAUAUUUUCGUUAGUCCAGAUAUGUAAUUUUCGACAAGGCAGUUCAGCAAGCAAGGUACAUCUACUCCAAUUUAAUGCUUUGUUUCUCGUCGUCGUGUGUAUUCGCAGAUUUAUGGAAAGUUCUCUUACCUGGUUCUGAUAAAAAUGAGGAUGUGUUUCUGCAUGUGUGGCUCAGUGUAGGAAAAUGUGGCAGUCGUCUGUCACUAUGGCAACAGCAUAAAUGACUGCCGUCCUCAAACAAACAUCCAGCAUCCUCAGGGAAUGUGUAUGGCUGAAUAGACAACAUUAGUUUAUAGUCUGUCUCGAGUUAACAUUAUACUAAAUGUCUUGGUUUUCUGUUUGUUCUCGUCUUUUUUUAUGUUGAAGUUAUAGGGUUAGGUAACUCAAGUCACAGAAUUCCAUCAAAACUUUUAAGCUGCUGCCUUAGUUGCUGGGAUGCAAUUCUCUACUCUAGAAAUUUGGGAAGGAAUUUAAAAAAAAUAUUUUUUUUCUAGGUUGUUAAUAGUAAAAUCAUAUUAUCAGUGCCUGAUAUAUUGUACAAAGUAUUUUCUACAUGAGAUGUUGAUAUGCAACAUUGAACUCGCAUCUGAAUAAGGGCCUUGAGUUUGGCUCUGACAAACGUUUACAUUUGCAAAUGUAGCAAACGUCGUAAUGAAGCAACACCUGAACUUUUUUUUUUUUUUUUUUCACAAAAACAGUAAGACAAUUCAAUUUCCUUUCCUCCAAAGGUGGAAUAUUAAACAAAAGUACUAUAUUUUUUUUGUUUUGGCCACAAAAGGGCACUAUUCAUUCCAAGCGUUGUCAUUUUCUGUUGCCUCGUCUUACCAUGUACUUGUGCUUUGUAGUUGAUGAAGAAGCUUGUAUUGGACUGAAGUCUUCCUGUAUUUUUCUCCUGCUCUUCUGAUACCGAACAUUCAAGGGAAACUGAUGAGUCUGUGCUUUAUUUGGUCAUUUUAUGGGAGCCAGUGCUCUAUAAUAUAAAAAUAAUAACUUUCUGCCAGUCUAAAUUCAUUCUGUUCCACCUUUAAUUCUAAAGAGCAGUUGAAAGCACCUUUGACUUAUGUUUUUUAACAAUUUUAUUCAGUGUACUGUUGAUGAAACUUAAUAACUGCAGGUGUUUCUGGUGCCUUUCUAUGGCAGUUGUCUCAAAGAGGCAUAACAUUGUUAUUUAUAUUGUUGUUUCACCCAGCUGUACUUUGGUUUUUGUGAUUCUUUUGCAACUUUGAUCAUGUGGAGUGGACAACUGUCUACCUGAGCGACUGAAAAACAUGUUUUUAAGUAAUAAUGAGCUCAGAAAUGAUCCAAACAUACUUUAUCAAGUCAAGUGCUUGAUAUAUCUUAAAGCUGUUCACGCAUCUUCAGUUUUCCAUUUUAUUUGAAUAGGAAAAGCAAAAACAUUAGGAACCUCCCAGAUUCUGUUUUUGUUUGCUAGCAACUUUAAGAUGUCUGUUGUUUUUGCUGUUGUUGUUGUUGUUGUUGUUGUUGUGCUCCAAUGUGUACUUCUCCACACUUGCUCCUUUUCAUGGUCACAGGUUCAGUGAGUUGGGUCUAGUCUGACUUCAUACAGACAUUAUUUAUAUGAACUGGGGAAAAGGGGGAGAGAUUGAGACUCAAAAUGUCUCAUUUGUGCUUUCUCUCUCUGUUUCUCAGAAACUAGCCUUACAACGCUGCUUAACUGCAAAUGCCUCUUAAAAAUAACUGAAAUCAUUAUAGACCGUCGCUUUUCAACAAACCAUUUAUACAGUUGGGUAUUAAAUAACAUAAGAUUCUUUAUUUUUAUUUUUGUCUAGAUUUUCAUUUUAAUUUGAAAAUGUUAAUGCUUGCACUUCAGUUACUCUAUUGCAAAAGAAGAAAGAUGAAAUGUGUUAUUAGCAUGAUAAGUACAGGUACUGCAUUAUAAUAAAUGAAAGAGAUCUUGCCUAUGUUUGAAGGUCUUAGCAAUAUUGAAACACAAGGAGUAUUUGAUGGAGCCUGGAAGCUUGUUUGGCCAAGGUCAAGGCAAAGGGCAUAAAUAUGUAAAUGUUUUAACCAUUAUUCUUAGAAUGUUAUUGUUUUUACACUUGCUGCAUUUAAAGUGCAUAGAUGAUGAUUUUAGGAUUUUCUUUUCUUUUCUUUUUUUUUUCAGCUGCCACCUUAACUUUUAUUAUUAUUAUUUUCUUUCUUUUUUGUGUGGUAGGUUUUUACAUGCAAAAAGAUUCAAUAAAGAUGGCAAAGAUGUCUGUUACAUCUAAACUUGAAUAAUAAUGAUGACGAUGAUAAUAAUAAUGAUAAUAAAAUAAAACAUUUUAGCAAUUUUUCUGUGUACCUUAUUGUGUCAAUAGAAUGUUUUUUUUUUCUUGUAAUUUAAGAUUUAUUGAUUUUAUUAACUGCAAUUUGAACUGCAUUUGAUAAAGAAAAUGUAAAAACAACAAUAUUGUGAAAUAUUAUUACAAUUUAAAAUAACUGUUUUCCGUUUUAAUAUAUUUGAAAAUGUAAUACAAAGCUGAAUUUUCUGUCACAUGACA